AUGGGUUAUGGAGUAGGGGUGGCCGAGGCAAGGGAACUUUCUCCUCCACGCACCCUCGCAGGAGUAGCAGCUGAACAACCAGGACCUAAUCUGCCCGGGGAAGACGAGGUGGCGGAACCUUGAUGCAUUCGGGUCUCGCUUCCCACCCGGAAAGCGAUUGUGACGCACCGCUGGCGGAGCGAAGCUGCGGUGCACCACGCGGUGACCGUGCGCGGGGCGGGCAUGGAGGGAAACUCGGUGGUGACCGCCGAGGGCAGCGGCGGCGAUGCCGGCGGCGUCCACCCCAUCUUAGGGGCUCUCGAGGGACAGCACAACUGGAUGACCAGCCAUCCUCAGUUUUUGGAGAUGCUGGAGUUAGAUGUGGCAGAGACUUCUCAAGUUUAUACAGCAUUCUUAGUUUAUCUGGACCUCCUGGAAGGUAGAAAAUGGCAUGAGGUAAAGUGUAUAGGACUACCAGAACUUCAGCUCAUCUGUCUCCAUGGACAUGAGAAAGAAGGAGAAAGGUUACAGAUUGUAGUGCCAACAUCUGUUCAUGCAUCAUUCAGUCAUGAGAGGUGA